GACAGACUUCCCUGACAAAGUAUCAAUAGGCAUUCUGGUCUCUUUAGCUCCAGAAAUUAGCAAGAAGACCUCGGACCCUGAGUGAGACAGGAGGAAUGGGAAGUCCCCUGUGUGUCCCCAUUUUCUUGGCUGUAUGCAUCUUGAUCCAAUCAAGUACCCAUGGACAAAGCCUAAGACCAGGAUGUACAUCAGCAGGAAGCUGCAAUCGGGAGCCAGAGCCAGCACUCACACCCAGGACUUCAACAAGGGAUGCAGAGCCAUUCGGAAGAAGAACUCGAGUUACAGCAACAAAGAAAACACUGCUGGAGACAGAAACCAGGUUCCUGCUCUUCAAAGACAAAGCCAAUAAGGGCUGUCAGAUUCGGCUCCAUCACGCAGACACGCUUCAGGAGUGCGGCUUCAACUCGUCGCUGCCUUUGGUGAUGAUUGUCCACGGGUGGUCGGUGGACGGCCUGCUGGAAAGCUGGAUCUGGCAGAUGGUGGCGGCGCUGAAAUCACAGCCGGCCCGGCCAGUGAACGUGGGGCUGGUAGACUGGAUCUCCCUGGCGCACAGCCACUAUGCCGUCGCGGUGCGCAAUGCCCGCCUGGUGGGCCAGGAGGUGGCGGCUCUUCUUCAGUGGCUGGAGGAAUCUGCUCCUUUUUCUCGAAGCAAUGUUCACCUAAUUGGGUACAGCCUGGGUGCUCAUGUCGCCGGAUUUGCUGGCAGCUACAUCAGCGGAAAGCACAAGAUUGGAAGAAUUACAGGGCUGGAUGCUGCAGGCCCUCUGUUCGAGGGGACGUCCGCCAGUGACCGUCUUUCUCCAGAUGAUGCCAACUUUGUGGAUGCCAUUCACACCUUUACCCGGGAACACAUGGGCCUCAGUGUGGGCAUCAAACAGCCCGUAGGCCACUAUGACUUCUACCCCAACGGGGGCUCCUUCCAGCCUGGCUGUCACUUCCUGGAGCUCUACAAACACAUCGCCCAGCACGGCUUAAACGCCCUCUCGCAGACCAUCAAGUGCGCCCACGAGCGGUCGGUGCACCUCUUCAUUGACUCCCUGCUGCACCCCAGCAUGCAGAGCACGGCCUACCAGUGCAGCGACAUGGACAGCUUCAGCCAGGGCCUGUGCCUGGGCUGCACCAAGGGCCGCUGCAACACACUGGGCUACCACAUCCGCCAGGAGCCCCUGAGCAAGGGCAAGCGGCUCUUCCUCGUGACCCAGGCCCAGUCGCCCUUCAGAGUUUAUCAUUACCAGUUCAAGAUUCAGUUCAUCAAUCAAAUUGAGAAGCCACUGGAACCAACUUUUACCAUGUCACUUCUCGGAACAAAAGAGGAAAUGCAGAAAAUCCCCAUCACGCUGGGCGAGGGAAUUACUAGUAAUAAGACCUAUUCCUUUCUGAUCACGCUGAAUUUGGAUAUCGGCGAGCUGAUGGUGAUCAAGUUCAAAUGGGAAAACAGCGCAGUGUGGGCCAACGUCUGGAAUACGGUGCAGACCAUCAUCCCCUGGGGCAUAAAGCCCCGAAACUCGGGCCUCAUUCUGAAGACCAUCAGAGUCAAAGCCGGAGAAACCCAGCAAAGAAUGACAUUUUGCUCAGAAAACAUGGAUGAUCUGCAACUUCACCCGACCCAGGAGAAAAACUUCGUGAGAUGUGAAGUAAACCCAAAAAAAUUGAAGCUAAAGAUCAAAUGAGUUUUGCUGAAGACUCGGUGUAAAGAAUAAAUAAAAAUUCAUUUAUUCCUUA